CUUCAGUUGGGUUCUCUUCCCCUCAGAUGACGACGCAGGGCCGAGCAUCAUCCAAGCGCGUUGUUGGUUCUCAAAGACCACACAAGACUGCACACACGGGUUUGAGCCCUGAACUCGCCGUCCGCUCUGCCAUAGACGCGCCCUACGCAGCGCCUACUUACAUCGCAGGUACAUGAUGCGAGCCACCGUGGCAGCGCGUCUUUUUCUGCUCGUUUCUUCUGCGUCGGCUACGGUGCGCUCUCUGCCAGUGAGGCCCUUUGUCAAGCGUCAAAUCGCACGUUUCGCUGGCAAAAGUUGGGCGAGAUCUCUCCACCAGGCCACCAUGCGCCAAUUCACCACCACUACCACUCACCACCAUCCAUUACCACCCACCCACAAACCCACCGCUAACCCACUAUCCCUACUCUGGUCGUUACCCGACCACUGACCAAAAGGCCGACCCGCGCGCUACCGCGAAUCUGGCCAGUGACGAGUA